UCCAAGGGAAGGCGGAGGCAGGCUCGGCAGGUGCCUCAGCGGCGGUGCUCUCCCUGGAGCCCGGCAGGCCGACGGGCGGCAGGAUGCUGGAGAUCCAGCUGGACGAUGGCGGCGUUGGGGUGUACCCGGGGGACGAUUACUGCUCGGGCUCGGUGAUGUCGGAGCGGGUGUCAGGCCUGGCCAACAGCAUCUACCGCGAGUUCGAGCGGCUCAUCCGCUGCUACGACGAGGAGGUGGUGAAGGAGCUGAUGCCGCUGGUGGUGACGGUGCUGGAGAACCUGGACUCGGUGCUCACCGACAACCAGGAGCACGAGGUGGAGCUGGAGCUGCUGCGGGAGGACAACGAGCAGCUGCUCACGCAGUACGAGCGCGAGAAGGCGCUGCGCAAGCAGGCCGAGGAGAAGUUUAUAGAGUUUGAAGAUGCACUGGAACAGGAGAAGAAAGACCUGCAAAUCCAGGUUGAGCAUCUUGAAUUUCAGUCCCGGCAGCUGGAGCUGAAGGCCAAAAACUAUGCAGACCAGAUUUCACGGCUGGAGGAACGUGAAUCAGAAAUGAAGAAAGAGUACAAUGCCCUGCACCAACGCCACACAGAGAUGAUCCAGACCUACGUGGAACACAUUGAGCGGUCCAAGAUGCAGCAGGUUGGGGGAAAUAGUCAAACUGAGGGCGGUCUACCUGGGAGGAGCAGGAAGGAGCGUCCUAACUCUCUGAAUGUCUUCCCCCUUGCCGAUGGAAUGUGCCCAAAUGAUGAAAUGUCUGAAUCUGGGCAGUCUUCUGCAGCUGCCACUCCAAGCACCACUGGGACAAAGUCCAACACACCAACCUCAUCCGUGCCCUCUGCUGCUGUCACACCCCUAAAUGAGAGUUUGCAACCCAUCAGUGACUACAGUGGAACAGCCAAGAACAAUAAGAGGGCACGGGAAAAGCGAAACAGCAGGAACAUGGAAGUGCAGGUCACCCAGGAGAUGAGGAAUGUCAGCAUAGGAAUGGGUAGCAGUGAUGAAUGGUCUGAUGUUCAGGAUAUCGUAGACUCUACGCCAGAGCUGGACAUGUGCCAGGACCCCCGACUGGAGCACACUGGAAACAGCCCAACACAGGGGAUUGUCAACAAAGCUUUUGGCAUCAACACAGACUCUCUGUAUCAUGAACUUUCCACAGCAGGGUCGGAAGUCAUCGGGGAUGUGGAUGAAGGAGCAGAUCUGCUAGGAAUGGGCAAAGAAGUGGGGAAUCUGCUGUUGGAGAACUCGCAACUUCUGGAGACCAAAAAUGCUUUGAAUGUUGUGAAGAAUGAUUUGAUUGCUAAGGUGGACCAGCUGUCUGGGGAGCAGGAGGUGCUGAAGGGAGAGCUUGAAGCAACAAAGCAGGCCAAAGCCAAGAUGGAGAACAGAGUCAAGGAACUGGAGGAGGAGCUUAAAAGAGUGAAAUCUGAAGUGAUCGUUGCCCGACGAGAACCCAGAGAAGAGGUGGAGGAUGUAAGCAGCUAUCUCUGUACAGAAUUGGACAACAUUCCCAUAGCCCAGCGCCGCCGCUUUACCCGUGUAGAGAUGGCCCGUGUCCUGAUGGAGCGCAACCAGUACAAAGAGAGGCUAAUGGAGCUACAGGAAGCUGUCAGGUGGACAGAGAUGAUCAGAGCUUCCCGGGAGCACCCAUCUGUCCAGGAGAAGAAGAAGUCCACCAUUUGGCAAUUCUUUAGUCGCCUGUUCAGCUCUUCCUCCAGUCCCCCGCCUGCGAAGAGGAACUACCCAUCAGUGAACAUCCACUAUAAGUCUCCAACAGCAGCUGGGUUCAGCCAACGCCGCAGUCAUACCAUGUGCCAGAUCUCUUCUGGCAGCCGCACCCUCGAAUUCUUCCCUGAAGAUGACUGUACGUCAUCCACACGUCGUGAACAGAAGCGCGAGCAGUACCGCCAGGUCCGAGAGCACGUGCGGAAUGAUGACGGUCGCUUACAGGCCUGUGGGUGGAGCCUUCCCGCCAAGUACAAGCAGCUGAGUCCCAAUGGUGGCCAGGAAGACACCCGCAUGAAAAAUGUCCCUGUGCCUGUGUACUGUCGCCCUCUAGUGGAGAAGGACCCCACCAUGAAGUUGUGGUGCGCAGCUGGAGUCAACCUGAUGGGGUGGAAGCCUUUUGAACAGGAUUCUGGGAGUGGACAGAAGUCAGAUCCUGGACAUGAUCCUCUCACCUGUGACCGGGAGGUGGAAGAAGGGAACACCAAGAGUAACCACACAUCUCCAGAAAAGAAAAAGGCAAAGGAGCUGCAUGAGAUGGAUGCCACAUCCAGCAGAGUCUGGAUCCUCACAAGUACCCUCUCUACAAGUAAAGUCGUGAUCAUUGAUGCCAACCAGCCUGGCACAGUGGUGGAUCAGUUUACUGUCUGUAAUGCCCACGUACUCUGCAUUUCCAGCAUCCCUGCGGCUAGUGACAGUGACUAUCCUCCAGGCGAGAUCUUUCUGGAGGGAGACGUGAAUCCAGAAGAGUCAUCUGGAACAGAUGGAGUCCUUGCAGGAAUCACUCUGGUGGGUUGUGCAACCCGGUGCAACGUGCCACGCAGUAACUGUUCUUCCCGUGGAGACACCCCCGUGCUGGAUAAGGGACAGAGUGAGGUGGCUGCAGUCAGCAAUGGGAAGAUCAAUCAGUCCCAGUCCACGGAGGAGGCAACAGAAGCUACAGAGGUACCAGAGAAUGGUGCAAUUGAAACAGAACCAGCUCAAGUCCGGCCUGGUCCACUUACAGAGCAUAUCUUUACAGAUCCAGAUCCAGCUCAGGCACCUGUUAGACAGAACAGUGAGAACGGGCAGCAAAAGACAGAGUCAAGCACAAUGCUGCCAGAGCAGGAAGUGAAUGGUGAUGCUGCUGGAACAGGCACCAGUGCCGCACCCACAAUGUGGCUUGGAGCACAGAAUGGCUGGCUGUAUGUGCACUCGGCCGUGUCCAACUGGAAGAAGUGUCUGCAUUCGAUAAAGCUGAAGGAUUCUGUGCUGAGCCUGGUGCAUGUGAAAGGACGGGUUCUUGUUGCCCUGGCAGAUGGAACACUAGCCAUAUUCCACCGAGGAGAAGAUGGUCAGUGGGAUCUCAGCAACUAUCACCUGAUGGACCUGGGUCACACCCACCAUUCCAUCCGCUGCAUGGCUGUUGUGUAUGAUAGAGUCUGGUGCGGCUAUAAGAACAAAGUCCAUGUCAUCCAGCCCAAGACAAUGCAGAUUGAGAAAUCCUUUGAUGCCCACCCACGCCGGGAGAGUCAGGUCCGGCAGCUGGCAUGGAUUGGAGAUGGGGUGUGGGUUUCCAUCCGCCUGGACUCCACACUGAGGCUGUAUCAUGCCCACACCCAUCAGCACCUCCAGGAUGUGGACAUAGAGCCGUAUGUCAGCAAGAUGCUAGGCACUGGAAAGCUGGGCUUCUCAUUUGUGCGAAUCACAGCCCUGCUUAUCGCCGGCAACCGCCUCUGGGUUGGGACAGGGAAUGGUGUCGUCAUCUCCAUCCCACUGACUGAGACCGUAGUCCUCCACCGAGGCCAACUCCUUGGGCUCCGGGCCAAUAAGACCUCCCCAACAUCAGGAGAGGGGAAUCGCCCUGGCGGAAUCAUUCACGUGUACGGUGAUGACAGCAGUGACAAAUCUGCCAGCAGUUUCAUCCCCUACUGCUCCAUGGCUCAGGCACAGCUCUGUUUCCAUGGCCACCGUGAUGCAGUCAAGUUCUUUGUCUCUGUUCCUGGUAACGUUCUAGCAACCCUGAAUGGGAGUGUGUUGGACAGCCCCUCUGAGAACCCCAGCACAGCAGCCACUGAGACCGAGGGGCAAAAGCUGAAGAAUGUCCUGGUCCUGAGUGGAGGAGAAGGGUACAUCGAUUUCCGGAUUGGGGAUGGAGAAGAUGAUGAGACAGAAGAGAAUGCUGAAGAUACCACCCAAGUGAAGCCAGUGCUUUCCAAGGCUGAGAGGAGCCAUAUUAUCGUCUGGCAAGUCUCAUACAUCCCUGAGUGAAAUUCUUUCCUUUCCUGCCAACAUAUCUCUCCCUCCUCCCACCUGAAUGCCAAGAUGUACAUACAGAACUCCUGAAUUACACCUACUGCUGGCAACUGAACCCCAGACAACUGCAACAGCUCCUGCAUCGGAUGGUGACCCCCAUUCUAACCUCUGAACUUGCAGCUUUCAUUUUGGGCCCUGUGUGCUUUGAGUGGUGGGAUUACUGUUCUCCUUCUGAAGCUGGUGUCUACAAGGGGGGAAAAAAGGCAGAGAAUCUUCAGAGUGAAGCUGAGAGUUGGGAAUUGUGCAAAUACCUCUCUCCAAGAAGCAUGUCUUGGAAGGGUUGGCCCAGGUUGUCAGGAAGGUUAUCUCACUGCCGCCUGCAUGAGAAGCAGUGCAUCACCCUCAUGUCCUCCAGUGAAACGAGGCUAAUGAAUCACAACAGCCCCAAAAAAAUCUUUAUCCAGUUCACCAGAUGGAAUUCUCAUCCCAUCCCUUCUGCAUAGAUUGUCCCCAAGCACCGAGUCUUAUCCCAGGAUCUGAGAGCAGGCAGCAUCAGGUUAAACCAGAAAUCUGCAGAGAAGAGAACACAUAGGUUUCAGGAAGCACUUCAGCUAUUUGGCCAUAGAGGGCCAACAGGCUCAUGACAAGGGGUAGAGUGUGGAACACAUGCUAUAUAUAGAAAGCCCUCCCUACUGCGCUUCUAUUUUUUGGUCAGUUCGUAACAUUAAAUAGUGCUGAGUGAGCAUGAAAUCAGGGAGGACUGUUUGCUUGGUAGAGUCAGAGGCAAAAAAGGUGUUUGGUGUCAGGCCAAAGAGUGCUUGGACACUGCUGCCGUGAAAGUUUGCUGGAAUCUGGUUGAUUUGUCCAUGUGGUAUUUUUGGAAGGGGAGGUAAAAAAUGCUUGGUUUCAUUAUUUUUACAAGCCUUAAAAAUUUCAAGAAACAAGCUGUUGUUUAGUGAUAGUUGGUUUUAAAAUGUAGCCGGUGACAUGGCUUCUGUGUUAACCCAGCGAGGUUUUAUUGACUCAUGAAGCUGCAUUCCCAUCCUGGUGCUGAUUUUCUGCAGGGAGAAAUGCUCUGCUCUCAAAACAGAAGAGUGCUGGGGAAAAGAAAAGGCAGGAUGUUGAUUUUGUCACACUUUCUCCCAGUACAUAACAGCAACCCAGUGAGAAUGCAAGUUCAGGCGUGUGUAUCCCAAGCCAUGGCACUCAGACAAGAGGGCACUUUGGGAUUAGCACAUCACUAUGGCAGGAUAUGUUUCAUGGCUGCUCUCCUGCAGCUAAAUCAGUCUAUAAAAAGCUGGAAAGGGGAUCUUAGCUCCAUCCUGUGCACAUAUCUUAAGUUUUUUUACCUCACUCCUGCUUCUGACCCAUUGGUUAAAAGCCCUGAUGCCACAGUUUGCCUCCUGGCUCCUCACUGGUUUUGGCCUUUUAAAUCUUUGAGCACAUGUGCACUGCCUCACUAGCUGGUUUCCUGGCUCAGUCAGUGUCUUUGUACUUAAGAUCCCAGAUGACCUAGUGUACCCAUGUCUAUCUGCAGAACUUAUCUCCCCCCAUUACUGUAAUAUGCCUCACAAUGUGUAAUAGAUUUAUCCCUCACAUCAACCCUGUGAGGGAGGGAAGGGUUUUGCAGAUAGUGAUCUGAAGAACAGAAAGACUGACUUGCUCAAGGUCACACAGGAAGUCUGUGGCAGAGCUGGUCUCCUGAACCCCUAGCUAGUGUCAACUCCGCUGGGUGGAUGUUGCUGGUAUGAACUAAAGGGUUCCUAGUUGCAUUAAUGUAAUCCUGUUUGAGGAGUACUGCGUUAACGUGAACUUUUACUUCAUAUCUGCAACAUCCACACAGGGGAGUUAGUGCACUACUAUUCAUACCCCAUAGUCCAAAAUGCAGGGCAGUGAAGAAAGACCCCUACUUUCUCUUUAGCAGUAGCAAUGCUGCCAUUGCUGUCGGGGUUUGGAUUAUGCAUGCACAGCUGAGAGAUAAAUACUAGCCACACAUCAGCGCUGGGAAGGCAGCAGCACAUAUCUAGAGAACAGAGGCCCCAACAGCCUAUUUAGGGGGAGACAGAGGCUUGGCGGUGUGUUGCAUUGCCUAUGAUCAGUGUUACAUUACAUAGGCACUUGUACUACUCUCUGGAGACAGAGGUCAGGAGAGGAUUUGAAUCAAGUCCUCCAGCUGUGUACCUGUGUAAAGGGAUUCCA